UUGGUGUUGGGAGAGUGACACCGUGCCCCAAGAACUUGGCUCUCUGCUGCCCCCGAGAUGCUGCUGCUGCUGCUGCUGCUGCUGCCCCUGCUCUGGGAGGGGUCCUCGUCUCAGACACUGGAUAUGCAGCCCUGGGUGAGUGUGCAGGAGGGGCUGUGUGCCCAAGUCCCCUGCACCUUCUACUACCCCUCACGCUUUAACACCAACCCAGUUCAUGGCUAUUGGUUCAGAGAAGGGACUAAUGUUUACCAUGGGACUCCUGUGGCCACAAAUGACCCAUUUUGGAUGGUGGAGGGGACAGCCCAGGGGAGAUUCCAUCUCCUUGGGGAUCCCAGGAAGAACAACUGCUCUCUCAGCAUCACAGAUGCCCACUUCUCAGACAGUGGGAGAUACUACUUCCGUGUUGAAAAUGGACAUGAAAAAUACAGUUACACAGGGAAGCCACUUUCUGUGACUGUGACAGGCUUGAUCCAGAAGCCAGACAUCAGCAUUCCAGAGGUGCUAGAGUCAGGGAAAUCAGUGACUCUGAAGUGCACAUUUCCCUCGGCCUGUGGGGAAAAUAGGGCCUUCAAGUUCUCCUGGAAGGGGGCUGCCCUCUCCUCCCAGCCAGGAAGCUCUGGGACCUCCCACUCCUCAGAGGUCUCCUUCAUCCCUGGGCACCAGCAUCAUGGCACCAGCCUCACCUGUCAGGUGACCUUGCCUGGAGGCCAUUUGAGCCCAGAGAGAACCGUCCAACUCAAUGUAGCCUAUGCUGUGCAGAGUGUGACCAUCACCAUCUCCCAGGACAACAGGACAACAGGAAAGCACUCACCUCUUGUGGUGCAGGAGGGAGGAUCCCUUCACCUGCUCUGUGCUGCCCACAGCAAUCCCCCAGCUACACUGAGCUGGAUGCUGAGGAACCAGACCCUGGCCUCUUCCCAGCCCUCACAUGAUGGAGCCCUGCACCUGGAUCUGCCCCACCUGAGGCCAGAAGAUGGAGGGAAAUACACCUGCCAUGCCCAGCAUCCUCUAGGCUCCAAGCAGGUCUCCCUCAGCUUCCCUGUGCAGUAUGCCCCAGGUAUGCUCAGCCUCUCUUGCUCCUGGGCUGAGGAAGGCUUGUCCUGUACCUGUUCUGUCCAAGCAGAGCCAGUCCCCUCCCUGCACUGGCAGGUGGGGGGGAAGCUUGUGGAGAGCAAUAGGAGCAGUAACACCUUCCAGGUGAUAUCAUCCAGGUCUGGGCCAUGGACCAACAGCACCCUGAGUGUGAAGAUGGACAGGGUCCCCAAUGUUGACAUCAGCUGUGAGGGGAAGAACCUACAAGGGACCCACACCCUUUUCUUCCAGCUAGUGCCAGAUAGGAGCACCCUGUCCCAUGAAUUCCAAAAAGGUAUCAUCACGGGGGUCCUCUGUGGAGCUGGUGUCUCAAGUCUGCUGGCCCUCUGCCUCCUCCUCCUCCUAACCUGGCUCUCUGCUGCCCCAGAGAUGCUGCUGCUGCUGCUGCCCCUGCUCUGGGAGGGGUCCUCGUCCCAGACACUGGAGAUGCAGCCUUGGGUGAGUGUGCAGGAGGGGCUGUGUGCCCGAGUUCCCUGCACCUUCAACUACCCCUCACCCUUUAACAGCAAGCCAGUUUAUGGAUUCUGGUUCAGAGAAGGGACUGAUGUUUUUAGUGGAAAGCCUGUGGCCACAAAUAACCUAUAUCAGAUGGUGGAGGAGCAAGCCAAGGGGAGAUUCCAUCUCCUUGGGAAUCCCAAGAUGAACAACUGCUCUCUGAGCAUCAAAGACAUCCAGUUCUCAGACAGUGGCAGAUACUUCUUCCGGGUUGUAAAUGGAAAGGAAAGAUACAGUUACACACAGAAGCUACUUUAUGUGAAUGUGACAGACUUGAUCCAGAAGCCAGACAUGGAUGUUCCAGAGGUGCUAGAGUCAGGGAACCCAGUGACUCUGAAGUGCACAUUUCCUUGGGCUUGUGGAGAAAAUCUGGCCUACAACUUUUCUUGGAUGGGGGCUACCGUCUCCUCCCAGCCAGGAAGCUCUGGGGCCUCCCACUCUUCAGAGGUUUCCUUCAUCCCUGGACACCAGCAUCAUGGCACCAAUCUCACCUGUCAGGUGACCUUGCCUGGAGGUCGUUUGAGCCCAGAGAGAACCAUCCAACUCAAUGUGUCCUUUUGGGUCCCAGGAAGGAGCUCACCUCUUGUGGUACAGGAGGGAGGAUCCCUUCACCUGCUCUGUGCUGCCCACAGCAAUCCCCCAGCUACACUGAGCUGGAUACUGGGGGACCAGACCUUGGCUUCUUCCCAGUUCUCAGAUGAUGGAGUCCUGCCCCUGGAUCUGCCCCACCUGAGGCCAGAAGAUGGAGGGAACUACACCUGCCAUGCCCAGCAUACUCUAGGCUCCCAGCAGGUCUCCUUGAGCCUCUCUGUGCAGUAUCCCCCAAGGAUUCUCAGGCCUUCUUGCUCCUGGGCUGAGGAAGGCUUGUCCUGUACCUGUUCUGUCCAAGCAGAGCCAGCCCCCUCCCUGCACUGGCAGGUGGGGGGGAAGCUUGUGGAGAGCAAUAGUAGCAGUAACACCUUCCAGGUGAUAUCAUCCAGGUCUGGGCCAUGGGCCAACAGCACCCUGAGUGUGAAGAUGGACAGGGUCCCCAACAUUGACAUCAGCUGUGAGGGGAAGAACCUACAAGGGACCCACACCCUUCUCUUCCAGCUAGUGCCAGAUAGGAGCACUCUGUCCCAUGCGUUCCAAAAAGGUAUCAUCACCGGGGUCCUCUGUGGAGCUGGUGUCUCAAGUCUGCUGGCCCUCUGCCUCCUCCUCCUCCUGUGAGUGCCAGGCUGAGAUUCAUGGAGCAGAAGUGACUUGCUCAAGGUCACACGUAUGACCUGGCAUGUUGUCAAGUCAUCACUUCAAAGAAUCCAGGCCUGA